AUGGAAGACUUGUUUAAAAAUCUACAAAAAGACGGUAAAAAUACCGUCGAUAACUUAAUAAAAUGGAUGAAAGAUUCUAAAAUUAUUGAUGGCAAGACAGAGACAGAAGAAAAGGCGCGGAAGUUGUUCGAUGACGUUUCGGAUGCCAAGAAUGUAGAACUUUCCAAAUUUAAGGCUGCCUUGUCAAAACUCGCCACAGAGCAGCAGAAGAGCGUGGAGGGCUUAAUGAAAACUCUUGCGGAUGAAGGGCCGAAGUUCCUGAAUGCCGCUGCAGAGGCAGCGAGUGCUGCCGCUAGUGCUUUUAAAGAUGCUCUGAAGUUUAAAUAA